UAACCUAAGGAAGGGGAAAGUGAUAGUAGGAGGUUUAAAAUGGCAGACGGUGUGCCUACUGCUAGUAUUUUACUGGUCCUGAGGGAAGGUGACACUUUGUUGUUGAGCAGUUGAGUUCUUGUUCAGGGUGAGUCGAAGACGGCAGCGCGGUGGAUUUGUAUGCCCGCAGUGUCAGGCUGGUACCAAGGUCCUACUUUUCCUUGUCGUUCCUCUCUGGAGUUCUAUCCAGCAAGUCCAUUCUUCACUAGGUUGAGCUGGUGGUCUCUUCUUGAUUUCGUCGACAAAAGAUUCCAGGUCGACGAACAAGGGGUUGAAUCAGGUGGGGGAAAUCUUGGGCUACGAAGCGCAAAGAUGCUCUGGGUCGAAAGGAGGAAAAUAGUCCCCUGCCGUCGCAUAGAAGUGACCCAGUGCUAAACAGGGCGGUUACCCUCGCUGCACACGAAGUGUUCGUGGAAAAGCCACACAAGGGUGCAGGUUGCAGCUCACCCAACCGUCGCCAUCAUCACCAUGAGAGAUUUCGCGUCCUGCCUCAGCCAGAGCGGCGUCCAGGUCGCCCAUUCCUCUUCCCCAAGUGGCCAGAGCAUGGUGCAGUGCGCCUACUACGCCCGUCUGCGCGGCAAAUCUUGCAGGGUCACCGUCUCCUGGACCAAGGUGGCCAUGGGGCAGGCUCUGGGAAUCGCGAUGGACGAUUCCUCGGGCCGUUGCCUCUGCAGGACAGAGAUAAAGCCAUGGCUGUCCGCGAAGAGGAAAGGCUCCAAGGCCGUGGAGGUGGACGGGGGCGCCCUGGACAUCAUCUGGGACAUGUCUUGUGCAAAGUUUGCGGCCGGGCCAGAACCAACUGAAGGUUUCUACGUUGCUCUGAUCUUUGAUCUUGAAGCCAUCCUUGUGCUCGGGGACAUGUGCACGCUGGGAGAUCACAAGGUGUCUUUGGACGCUUUACCUUGUAGUCCAGUCAUGGUAGCCAGGAAGGAACAUGUUUACGGGAAGAAGGUGUAUUCGGCGAAGGCUAGACUCUUGGACGUUGGCCAGGAUCAUCAUAUCACUGUAGAGUGUGACACAUCAGGGGUGAAGGAUCCAAGCUUGGAGAUCAGGAUCGGAAAGAAGAGAGUAUUGCAGGUGAAGAGGCUUUCAUGGAAGUUCAGAGGAAACCAGACUAUUUUUGUCGAUGGACUCCCGGUAGAGGUGCUCUGGGAUGUGCAUGACUGGCUAUUUGGUUCGUCGAAUGGAUGUGGGGUGUUCUUGUUUCAGUCAGGACAAUCCUUGGAGAAAUUUUUGUUAAGGUCAUGCUCACAGGACGAAACAGAGCAUCCAUCUCAUCGGUUUGGUUUCACUUUGAUGCUUCAUGCAUGCAAGGUUGAGUAGGGGGAACAUGAUGACAGUUUUGUUUUUCUGACUGCUCUGCUACCAAAUGAGUGAAUCCUACCAGUAGAAAUGUAGGAGUAGGAUCUAGCAAGUUAACCAAACCUUGCCCAAGUACUUCAGGUUUCUUAUUUUUCUUGUUCUAGCUAGUUCUUAGUGUGGUUAGCAAGUUCAGGUCUGAUGUAUCCAUGUAAUUUUGGUA